AACAAUGGCGUGUACUGUGGAUUUUCGGUGCCUGGACGAAGGAUUCGGAGGAAAAACGUACAAACGAAAGAGAGCAGAGAAAGAGCAAGGUAAUGGUAUAGAAGAUGGAGAAGCGGCGGCUAUGGAAGUGGAGGAGAUUCCAAGGAAGAGACAGGCGGUUCCAUCCGAGGAGGAUCCAAACAAACCUGUACUGGGAAGGCCGACAUACGACGGGGUGAUUGCAGGGAGGGUAUCGGGAAGGAAUUGGAAACAGCCGCGUAAACACAGAUCAUCGGCAGCGAAGGUGAGCGUGAAGGGGAAGUCAUUGGAGCAGAGGAUAAAAGAGAAGGAGAUAAAGAAGGCGUAUAAGGAGAGAAUCAAUGAGCUCAAGGAAGAGAUAAGACAGAGCAAGGUGGAGAAGCGGAAGCAGAGGGAGGAAAGAGAGAAAAAGAAGCAGGAAAACAUUCUCAAGUCUGGCACCAAGGUUCAGAAGAUCACCAAUCCAAAAACCCUCAAAAAGAUUGCCAAAUCUAAGCAGAGGAAGCUUCUCAAGGUUGUUUCUGACGAUCUUCUUAACCGUGGAAACAACAACAAGUCGACCUCAUAGAUGUAUUCUUUUUCAUUAUGUUUCUGGAAUUUGGCUUGUUCCAUCCAUUAUGCUGCAUACUAUGCAUUUUAUUUUAUUAUUAGUUAUAUUUAGUAUUAGAAUUCAUUGCAUUUGGGGAUGGCAGGCGGAGCGGGUUAUAGAGUAUUUGUUCCUAACUGUAGUUUUGAAUUCUGAUUACAAAAAAUUGUUCUUGUUAUA